GGAGAGAUGGGUUUGACCAGCAGCACGAACAGUAGGUUCUAGCUGAUGCCCAGGCUUCCUUGUAAUGAUGCCAUCACGUACAAAUCUGACUGCUGGGAUUCCCAGUAGCAAAGUCAAAUAUUCCAAGCUCUCCAGCACUGAUGAUGGAUAUAUUGACCUGCAGUUCAAGAAGAGCCCACCGAAAAUCCCCUACAAGGCAAUUGCACUGGCUGUUGUGCUCUUCAUGAUUGGGACCUUCCUCAUUGUCAUAGGCGCUCUCCUCUUGGCAGGAUACAUUAGCAAAGGUGGAAUGGACCGUGCUAUCCCCGUGCUCAUCAUUGGGAUCCUGGUGUUUCUGCCAGGCUUCUACCACCUGCGCAUUGCAUACUACGCUUCCAAAGGCUACCGGGGCUAUUCCUAUGAUGAUAUCCCGGAUUUUGAUGAUUGA